AUGCCACGGAUAGACCCCAGACGCAACAGAAAGCAGAACAAACCCUACGACCGACCACAUGCAUUACCUCCUUCCUCAGCAGCAUCAACGUCAACAGCAUCACCGCCCCCAUCCUCAUCAUCAUCCACAUCAUCAUCAUACAUCCCCCACCAAACACAAGUAUCAAUCCAACUAAGCAAUGACCAACCACAGCCAACGCCGCCGCAGUCGUCAGUGAAAGAACCGAAAGUCAUCUCGCACCUAGCAAAGCUAGAGCUGAAACAGCGCAUAUCCGCAAACCCGCAAGCCAAGACGCAAAUCACCCUCAUCCUCAGCACCUCCGAAGCGCACAUGAUCCAUCGCAAAAAUGUAGAAGCACAGCUACGUGAAAGCUUCCUCGUGGACGACGUGACCAUCUCACCGCAGAAGCCAGGCGCAGUCGAUCGGCUAGUGACGAUAUACGGCGCACACGUUAACAUCGCGAAGGCAGCAGCGUACAUCGCGUACGUGCUCAAUGCCGACAUCAACAAUGUGCACGGCGAGGCGUUCACGCUCAAGUCCUCGAAUUACAAAUUGCACAUGUUGAUGACGCGCCACGUCGAGAUGGUGCAGGGCGUGCGAUACGUGGACAAGUGCCAGAACUGGGAAUAUGAAUUGAACAGCGGCGUGCAUGACGUGUUUGUCCAGGGUGACUUGGGCGCGCUUUACAAUUUCGUAUGCGUGAGCUUGGAUCGAGGCUGGAAUUGUGAUUCUAGCGACAUUGCGAUUGGCGCUUGCUUUGGUAUCCAUCUUGACCCAGCCUUAAAGUCGCUGUCUGGUGAAAAUGUAGAGAUUCAAAAGCGGGCGAGUCGCGGCUUGAUGAGUUACUUGUACUCGCAACUGAAACAUAGAGAUGAGGCAAUAGGCACCAGUGCUAAAUAA